AUGUUUUGGUGGGUUCGACAAGGUGAGAUCCUCGAGCACUUUUCACCGAGAUCUGCUAAUUCUCUCUCAAGCUCCGACUUGGAAAGCUUCAAAUCUAACAAUUCGUUUUUGAGAUUCUGGUUAAGAGAUUCCGCUUCGCUCAAAGAAAGCUUGAUUUCUCUCAUCUCUAUCGAGAGUUGGCUAAUCUCUUUACUCGAAGAGCUCAAACUAUUUAUACCGCCCGUAGUGACACCACCAGAGAUAUCAGAAGACAGAAGAUCAGAAGCCUCAGAUGCAUUGGCUUUUGAUGUGCCUGUAGCAUCAGUUCUAAAAUCCUCUGAUGGAUUCACGCCUACUUGGAGUUGCUCCACCUUUUCAGAGACUGCCGGUUUUUUGUCAUCUGCAUUAUCGUCGAUGCUUUCUAUUUGUAUCUCCUGUUCAUGUGUGUCCGAUGAUUUGACCUGA